AUGUGUGAUGGGCUCUGGUCAAUUCCAAAGCACUAUCAAUAUCUCUUGGCUUUGGCAUUUGCUAUCAAAGAGAUCAAUGGCAAUCCCAACCUCUUACCCAACCUUACUCUGGAACCCCCAACCGAAUACAGAGAACGUUGCACAGGGGAGGAGAAACUGGAGAGCAUCCCUGGAAUUUUCUUUGAAACGGACAUGUUUGAUCACAGCUAUAACGUCUACAAUGCUGCCUAUGCCGUAGCACAUGCUUUGCACACCAUGUACAUGUCCAGAUCCAAAUACAAAAGGCUAGAAGAAGGUGAGAAGCAGGAAAUUCACAGCGUUCAGCCCUGGCAGCUCCAUCGCUUCCUCAGAAGUAUAUCAUUCAACAACACAGCUGGAGACAUUGUACAUUUUGAUGAAAAUGGAGCAUUACUCACAAGUUUUGAUGUAACAAACUGGGUCACUUUCUUAAAUGGCUCUUUUGUAAGAGUAAAAGUUGGAAGACUGGACCCUCGGGCACCUCAAGGCCAAGAAUUAAUCCUUAAUGAUGAUCAGAUCGUAUGGCAUAGAAGCUUUAAUCAGGUACUGCCCCUUUCUGUGUGCAAUGACCACUGCCAGCCAGGCUACAUCAAGCAACAGAAAGAAGGAGAGAAAUUUUGCUGCUACAAUUGUUUUUCAUGCUCAGAAGGAAUGAUAUCUAACUAUGAAGAUAUGGAUUCCUGUGUAAACUGCCCAGAAGAGCUACAUGCCAACGUAGAUCACAAUAAGUGCAUUCGCAAGAUUCUAAACUACCUUUCUCACAAAGAACCUUUAGGGAUUGUCCUAGCUCUCCUGGCCACUUCUUUCUUUCUAAUCACAGUUAUUGUUUUUACAAUCUUUGUGCAAUACCAGGACACUCCGAUAGUCAAAGCGAACAACCGGAGCCUCACCUACAUUCUCCUCGUCUCCCUCCAGCUUUGCUUCCUUUGCUCCUUGCUUUUCAUUGGGCAGCCUGGAAAAGUGACCUGCGUUCUCCGACAAACCGCUUUUGGCGUUAUCUUCUGUGUAGCCAUUUCUAGUGUGUUGGCAAAAACCAUCACUGUGGUUCUGGCCUUUAUGGCUACCAAGCCAGGAUCCAGCAUGAGGAAAUGGGUAGACAAAAGAAUAGCAAAUGCAUUUAUAGUUUUCUGUACUUUUAUUCAGGCAAGUAUUUGUAGUGUUUGGUUAAGCACUUCCCCACCAUUCCCAGAAAGAGACAUGCAUUCGCUGAAUGGGAAGAUUAUACUCAAAUGCAAUGAGGGCUCAGCUACCAUGUUUUAUUGUGUCCUGGGCUAUAUGGGUUUUCUGGCCACCAUCAGCUUCACGGUGGCUUUUCUUGCCAGGAAGUUGCCUGACAGUUUCAAUGAAACCAAAUUUAUAACUUUCAGCAUGUUAGUCUUUUGCAGUGUAUGGUUGUCCUUUGUGCCAGCUUACUUGAGCACCAAAGGUAAAGCCAUGGUAGCCAUGGAGAUCUUCUCCAUUCUCGCCUCCAGUGCUGGUUUACUGGGGUGCAUUUUUUGCCCUAAAUGCUAUAUCAUUAUUCUAAAGCCUGAGCUAAACAUCUGUCUCGAGCCAGGUGACCUUGUAAUUGGCGGGAUUGCCUCACACAUCUUCUUCUAUCAUGAAACUCCCUCUUUCAGUGAGCAGCCCACACAAUGGUGGACAGAUGAACCCACGUAA